UUUCGUUUAUUUUGAUUUGUUGAUGUGACAAAACAACACGUUUCCGCAAUAAAAACACAGAAAAUGACCACGAAAACCCUUACAGAAGACGAACUGUUCGCUGACAUAGAAGACGAACACUCAGAACCACUUAACCACAUGGACAAGUUACAAAUUCAAGACUGUCAAGAAGAAUAUUACGAUGAUGAUGAUGAUGAGCACUAUUAUGAAGAAGACUAUACUCAAGAGGACUAUUCCAUACAAAACUCACGCACCCACACCAACCAGCAACAGCAAUCGAACAAAAUAAGCAACUUCCAACCCUCCGACAACUUAUUUAAGAAGUACUCGAACAAAAUCAAUGUGGAGAAAUACGAAGUGUCUUCCUUGCCCAAUCAUGCCGUAAGUCACUUAAUAAUGAACGAGAAAAAGAUGGAAAACGAGAGACGCAGAACGAAAGACAAACAUGACAGAGCUACAGCGGAACAAGUGAUGGAUCCUCGCACCAGAAUGAUUUUAUUUAAGUUAUUAAACAGGAACAUCAUUAGUGAGGUGAAUGGAUGCAUAUCGACUGGUAAGGAGGCAAACGUGUACCAUGCCUCGACAAAAACAGGCCGUGACUAUGCGAUAAAAAUUUACAAAACUUCCAUUUUGGUGUUUAAAGAUCGAGAUAAGUAUGUCACUGGGGAGUUUAGGUUUAGACACGGAUACUCCAAACAUAACCCAAGAAAAAUGGUUAGAACCUGGGCCGAAAAAGAAAUGAGAAACCUACAUAGGAUGUACUCGAACGGCCUAAAUGUACCUGAGCCAAUAAUCCUCAGAUCCCACGUACUUGUCAUGGAAUUUAUUGGGAAAAAUGGUUGGCCUGCCCCAAAACUGAAAGAUGUCGAACUGAACCAGUCAAAAGCCAGGGAAAUCUAUAGGGACAUAGUGAUUAUCAUCUGGAAAAUGUAUAACAAGUGCAAACUGGUGCAUGCCGACCUUUCUGAGUUCAACAUGCUUUACCAUAACGGAGAAAUUUACAUAAUAGAUGUCUCGCAGAGUGUGGAACAUGACCAUCCGCACGCCCUGGAAUUUCUAAGGAAAGAUUGCACCAAUAUCACCGAUUAUUUCAAGAAAAGAGAUGUGGCCACGAUGAGUUUAAAAGAACUGUUUGAUUUUAUAACUGACCCGUCCAUUAAUGAGGAAAACAUGGAGGAGUGUUUGAGUAAGUUGGCUGAAAAGGCUGCCGAGAGGACUGAAACUACUUCUACCGAGCAAAUAGACGAAGAGGUUUUUAAGCAAGCCUACAUACCCAAACGUCUCACAGAAGUGAUCGACUUCGAACGCGACAUAAACCAAGCAAAGUCCGGUUUAGUCGAAGAUUUGGUCUAUAAAACCCUCGUGGGCCUAAAGUCGGAUCUGAGUGGGACGAUUCAGCAACCGGAAAUCCUCGAGGAACAAGUGAAAAGUGAAGGAUCAGAAGACGAAUCGAGUGGAUCAGAAGAGGAAGAGGAGAGUAAGUUCGUGGACAGUUCCAGACCGAGACACGAGUCGUUGGACGAGAAAAAAGCGAGAAAGAAAGCGGUUAAAGAGGCCCAAGCGGAGAAGAGAAAAGUGAAAGUGAAGAAGCACAUAAAGAAACAAAAAGAGCGUAAAAUUAAGAAGUGAUUAUUAUACUAUAGUUGAAUAGUG